AUGGCACAACAGAACUGUCAAUCAUUUUCAAGUGGUGCACAUCUUGUGGAUGUAAAAAACAAAGAAGAACAUGCAUUUCUGUUUGCUUAUUUGCAGUCAUUCAGUCAGAUCAUCAUGUUGUGGACAGGUCUUAAUGACAUUAAGAUUGAAGGACAACUAUUGUGGACAGAUGAAUCUCCGUAUCUUGGAAAGUCCAGCCUCUCUUCUUUGCCAAUAAUACCAGAAAAUGAAACGGAUUGUUUUGCUUUCCAGUGGAAUCCGGAUGGUCCAGAUUAUUCCUUUUUAGGAUUUUUCUGCUAUAUUCCAUUGCCAUAUAUGUGUGAAUAUGAGUUACCUUCUGUUCCUGAGAACUUCACAUUCGAAGUGCAGGAUAUCAGCACAACUACUGCAAAGCUUUUUUGGAGCAGUUUGGAUGGAUGGUUUAAUUCAGGCUUUGAGCUUGCGAUUAAAUAUUAUUUUGACUAUUCACAACAACACAUCAAAACCUUUCCUGUGAAUUCAACUAAUGCAAACAUUUUGCAAUUGUGUCCUGGUCAUUUCUAUAGAUUUUCAUUGUCAGCAAGGAGCCCUGAGGGGGCAGAAGUUAGUUUACAUCCAGUUGUGAUGGUGGAGACAAUUCACAUUUUGGAUACCAAAACAACAAACUGGGAAAGUUUUCCAGUAGAAAAAUUUAAUACUGCUGCUGUAAUUAGAAAUGUGAAACCAUACCAUCAGUAUCAGAUAUACCUUCAGAGUGUUGCUGAAAAAGGUUCUUUAAGCUGCUUCGAGGAUCCUGUACUAGUAAUAACAGCUGUUAGCCCUCCUACUGAUUUAUUAAUCCAUCCAGAAAACAUUGGAGAGGACCAUGUUACUAUCUACUGGAAACUGCCACAAGAGGGCCAGGGAUCCUACAUUCAGGCAACAUCAUCCACAGUCAUGGAUAAAGCCAUAAUGAUUUUAGUGAACAACACACAGAGAUUUAAGAUUGAACACCUCAUUCCUGGAAUGACUUAUGAAAUAGGUGUGGCCACAGUGACAAAUGGAAAUAGGAGUGAUCUGAAGACCAUUCAGUGCACUCUUAAACCCAAACCAAUACAUAUUGCCAUCCCUUAUGAAGUUCAUAGUAAUUCUGUGGUUUUAUUUGUUCAAAUGCCUACGGCUGGAGUGUUUGAUGGUAUAUAUAUAAGGAGUAAGAGAGGUCCUAAUGCAUCAUUGGCUUUAUUGAUGGAUGGAAAAGUAACAAUGAAAAAUUUGAUCCCAGGCACAGAAUAUGAUUUCUUUGUUUCUACAACUAGUGGAAAUAUGUUAAGUUCUGUAUACCACGUACCUGCUGUAAGAACAUGUCUUGCAGUUCCACCAAAUGUACGUGAAGGCAGAGUUACAGAUACUUAUAUCGGGAUUACUUGGGAUCAGGCAGAUGGAAACUUUCAGCACUAUGAAGUGUCAUGCACAAACUGUACAGGUACUUCAAUGGUACAAAAAGUCUCAAAAGAAAUGGCAGAAUUUUCUAAUUUAAUCCCUGGCAUGCUAUAUAACUGUACAGUUAAAACUGAAAAAGAAGGCUACAAAGACAGUCUUCCUGUAAGGAUACAAACAGAAACUGUGCCAAGCUCAGUUAAAUAUAUGAAUGUUACAAAAGGCUCUAUGUCAAUAACUGUCAACUGGCCACCAGCAUUAGGUAUAUUUGAUGGGUACAUCAUUUCACUGGUUACCAAAAACUUCAACAAAAAAGAAAGAUUAUCUUCUGAUAUAAGAACAUUCAAAUUUGAUGGUCUUUCAUCUGGAACAGAGUACUUUAUUCAAAUUGUUACUAGCAAUAGAUUAAAAAGAAGCUACCCUGUUUCCCUGAGAAUAAACACUUAUCCAGAUCCCCCAUCAGAUUUACAAGCCUUUGGAGUAGAAGAAAGCACAGUUUAUUUGAUGUGGAAAUUGCCAGGUGGAGGCUUUGAUAAUUUUGAGCUUUCCUAUCGUUACACAAGCAGCAAUGAAACUCUUCUUACUACCACAAUUUUUGACAGCAUAGCUGCAGUGAAAAAUCUGAUGCCUGGAACAGAUUAUAUCUUUCAACUCAAGACUAUUAAAAGAAACGAUUUCAGUGUGGCUGUGGAGAAAAAAGUCACCACAAAACCUAUGGGGAUAUGUGAUCUAACAUUAAAAGUGGUAAACAGUUCAUCUGCUACAUUAAUCUGGAAACCAACUAUGACCAACUUUACACAUUAUAAAGCAUCUCUAUCCAACAAAACAUUCACAAAGGAGUACAUUAUUUUGGAAACUCAGACACAUCACACCAUUACAGAUCUCACUGCUGGUGAGAGUUACAAUUUCACAUUGCAAAGAGUGAAAGGAUCUAUUGACGGUGAAGUUGCCUUUACUGAAAUCAGUACAGUGCCUGAAAAGCCAGAGGAACUAGAAGUCAUCAAUGUGUCAUCACAUUCCUUUUCUCUGCGUUGGAGACUACCUCAUGGAAUUGUGCAAAAGUUUCAUGUGGAUCUCACACCUUCUCAUGGCUUUGUCUCUGUCCUAGAUGUGGGAGGCAACAUUUCACUGUUAAGCCAUCACAAAGUUGUAGCAGCACUGUUGAUUCCAGUGUUUGAAAAUAAUAUUAUAAUUAUCAUGGGUUUUCAUGGUUUUUUGCUUCUCUUUUUUAUUGGAACUGCAAAGGCACAGGCUGAUAUUUCAAACACCACUCCUGGAACAUUGUAUAAUGUGACAGUUUCUUCAGUUUCCUCUUCAGCAUAUAGUUCACCUGUCAGCAGAACAGUGACAACCAAUGUAACCAAUCCAGGACCUCCUGUGUUCCUUGCGGGAGAACGAGUAGGAUCUGCAGGAAUUCUUCUCUCUUGGAACACACCACCACAUCCAAAUGGAAGGAUCAUAUCCUACAUUGUUAAAUAUAAGGAGGUAUGCCCUUGGCUGCAGAACACUUACACUCAAGUUACAACAAAGCCAGAUAGUUUGGAAGUUCUCCUCACUAAUCUUAACCCUGGAACAACUUAUGAAAUUCAGGUUGCUGCUGAAAACAGUGCCGGUAUUGGAGUAUUUAGUGAUCCAUUUCUAUUUCAAACUGCAGAAAGUGCUCCAGGUAAAGUGGUGAAUCUCACAGUUGAAGCUUUCAACCACUCAGCGGUUAAUCUGAUUUGGUUUCUGCCACGGCAACCAAAUGGAAAAAUAACUUCUUUCAAAAUUAGCGUGAAGCAUGCUAGAAGUGGAAUAGUAGUGAAAGAUGUCUCUGUUAAAGUGGAGGACCUCCUGUCUGGAAGAUUACCAGAAUGCAAUGAUAACAGUGAAUCUUUCUUAUGGAGUACUACUACUCCUUCAACUACUUCUAGCAAAACUACUCCAUCAGUCCCAAGUACAGUUGCUCUCAGCAAACUGAGCUCUGUUUGGAAUGAACCUAUUAGUUUUGUUGUGACCAAUCUCAGGCCAUAUACUACUUACCUUUUUGAAGUUUCUGCUGUUACCACAGAAGCAGGUUAUAUUGACAGUGCAAUUGUCAGGACACCAGAAUCAGUUCCAGAAGAUCCACCUCAAAAUUUUGUCAAAGGCAACAUUACAGGAAAAUCUUUCUCAGUUUCUUGGGAGCCACCAACCAUCAUUACUGGAAAGUUUAGCUACAGAGUUGAAUUAUAUGGACCAUUUGGUCAUAUUUUGGAUAACAGCACAAAAGAUCUCAAGUUUACUUUUAAUAAUCUAAUACCAUUUACAACAUAUGAUGUUUUUGUUGCUGCUGAAACAAGUGCUGGGGUAGGUCCAAAGGCAAACCUCACUGUUUUCACUCCUGCAGGAGUCCCAGGACCUGUAUUUGAUUUGCAUGUAGCAGAGGUAGCAGCAACCUUUAUCAGAAUUGCUUGGAAGAAACCACAGCAACCAAAUGGAAUCAUCACUCAGUACAGAGUAAAAGUAGCACUUGAAGACACAGGAGAGAUUCUUGAAGAUACAGUUCUUACAGGAAAAAUUAAGAAUUUUAUUGAAACUGUGGAUCUAGAUAUGAUAAAUGACAACACACCAUCACCUUUCAUGUGGAAUAAAAUACAGGCUGCAAAUGAGUUAUAUGAAGGUUCAUCUGAUAGCUUUCCAACAAUGAACUCACUCUCACCAGUAAGAUUUACAAGUAUAUCCAGUGAUAAUUUACCAGAUUCCAAUGGGGUUUCAGAAUUACAUUCAGCUUCUGCAUUGACAAGUGAUACCAUCAACCUUUCAGUUAAGCAGCUGUCAUAUCUUGUAAAGGAACUCCAGCCUUUUACUCAAUAUUCAGUUGCUGUGUCUGCUUUUACUAUCAUUGGAGAAGGACCACCAGCUAUUCUCAUUGCCAGGACAAGUGAACAAGUUCCAAGCUCUGUAGAAAAUAUAAAUUAUAAAAAUAUUAGCUCAUCCUCUGUUUUGUUGUAUUGGGAUAUUCCACUAAACCCCAAUGGGAAAAUAAUACAUUACACUGUUUAUGCAAUGGAGCUGGAUACAAAUAAAGCUUUCCAGAUGACAACGUCAAAUAACAGCAUCUUGAUUACAGGUUUGAGGAAGUAUACAAAUUAUAAGAUGAGAGUAGCAGCUUCUACUACUGUAGGAGAAAGUGCUCUUUCUGAAGAAAAUGAUAUUUUUGUAACAACACCUGAAGAUGAACCAGAUUCUCCACCCCAGAAUGUCAAGAUAUUAGAAGUGACUGCAACAGAAAUAAGCUUAAGAUGGUCACCCCCAGAAAAGCCUAAUGGGAUUAUAACACAUUAUGAAGUUAUAUAUGACAGCUCAGCUGCUUUAAUUAUUAAAAACACUACAGGAACAAGUUUUUCUUUAAAUGGCUUGACCCCAUACACUCUCUAUAAUAUUUCUGUAAGGGCAUUCACCCAUCUUGGUCAUGGAAAUCAGUCAUCUGCCCAAUUGUUCGUCAGAACAGCUGAAACUGUACCUGAAUUUCCCCCACAAAACAUAAUCUACAAGAAUAUCUCUUCUACGGAAAUAGAGUUAUCGUUUCUUCCACCAUUGGUUCCCAAUGGUAUUAUACAGAGUUAUACUGUAUAUCUCAGAGAGUCUGAUGGAACCGAGGAAAGAAUAAUUAACAUCACCUAUCUGUCACUGAAUAUUACAGGUUUGAAAAUAUAUACACACUAUAUAGUUGAGGUGUCAGCAAGCACUUCAAAGGGUGAAGGUGUUCGUAGUGAGCCCAUGUACAUACUCACUGAUGAGGAUGCUCCUACUUCUCCUCCUCGAUUGCUUACAGUAAAACAGUUGUCUGGUGUCAUUGUGAAGUUGUCAUGGAAACCACCCCUAGAGCCAAAUGGAAUUAUCCUCUAUUACACAAUUUAUGUCUGGAAUAUCAUGUUGAACAGAAGCAUUAAUGUAACAGAAACCUCAUUAGAGAUCACAGAUCUUGAACACAACAACGAAUACAGUGUUUAUGUGACAGCAAGUACCAGAUUUGGAGAUGGGAACAUAAGGAGUAACAUGACUAGCUUCAAAACGUCUGAGGGACCUCCAAGUGACCCACCUAAAAAUGUCCGGUAUACAAAUCUCACCUCCUCAUCAAUACGCAUUUUCUGGAACCCUCCUCAAAAGCCCAAUGGGAACAUAAGGUUUUAUUCAGUUUACUACAAGAACGAUUCAGAGAUUUACAUACAGAAUUUUACCAGUUAUGCUAUUGACACUGGUGUUGACAACAUAACAUUAUCUACAGUAUUAAACAACUUAGCAAAAUGGAGUCACUAUGUACUUUGGUUAGCUGCAAGCACAGCCUUUGGAGAUGGAAACCAAACGAGUGAGAUAAUACACGUGUACACGGAUCAAGAUAUUCCUGAUGGACCUAUUGAAAAUGUGGCCUAUCAAAACAUUUCAUCUACUGCUGUAAAUGUAAGCUGGUUACCCCCAGCCCAGCCAAAUGGAAUAGUCUUCUACAAUGUUUCUCUGACAAGACAGGAAGCUCAAAUGGACCAUGAGAUUCUGUUACUCAUUUUGCACGAUACAAAUGUAGUUUUUGAUAGACUGGAAAAGUAUAGUAGUUACCAUCUGAAAAUUACUCCAGCAACAGAAAAAGGACCAUCUGAAAUACAUACUACUACACUUCACAUCAGAACUGAAGAAGAUGUUCCAGAAUCUGCACCAAUUAUGAAGUCAUACAAAAAUCUCUCAUCUACCUCUGUGAUGUUAUCUUGGGAUCCUCCAGCUCAGCCAAAUGGCAUUAUAAUGAGAUAUGAAUUACAGCUGCAAGGACCAGAAAUAAAUUCCUCUUUCAGUACCUCCAAUGAGUCAGUCAUUUUAGAAGCUCUUUCACCGUUUACACUGUACAGCUUUUUUGCUUCUGCAAGAACCAUAAAAGGACUUGGCCCAUAUGCCGUACUUAUGUUCUCCACAGAUGAAUCAGUUCCAUUGGCUCCUCCUGAGAAUCUGCAGGUUAUCAAUCACUCAUCCAACUCUGUAUGGCUGAGAUGGAAUCCAAGUCCUCAACCAAAUGGUGUUAUUAAAAGAUAUACUUUUAACAUUUUUGAAAACAUCAGUCAAGCUACAUUCUAUCAGAAUGUUUCAGGUUCCCAUACUGAAGCUAAUAUUGUUGGACUAGAACCAUUCAGCACCUACUUCAUCAGUGUAUCUGCAUUCACAAGAUUUGGAAAUGGCAAUCAAUUCAGUAAUGUUGUUCAAUUUACAACAAAGGAAUCAGCUCCAGAUACUGUCCAGAAUAUCCAGUGUACUGCAACCAGUUGGCAGUCAGUCUUAGCCUACUGGGACCCUCCUUUGAAGACAAAUGGGAUUAUUACCCAUUACAUCAUAACGUUUGGAAGGAAUUCAACAAUCUUGUCUUCUGAUAAUGAAACAGUGCAUACUUUCAGAGACUUGUUAUCAAAUACCUCUUACCAGUUUCAAAUAAAGGCUGCAACAGCUGCGGGAGAAGGAAAAGAACAACUAUGCAAUACAAGCACAUUUCCUGAAACAGUUCCUAGUGCCCCCAGAGAUAUUGCAUUUGCAAAUGUACAGUCAACCAGUGUGACCUUGAGAUGGAGAAAGCCAGUUACUAUCUUUGGCUACUUUCUAAACUACAAGAUUACUUCACAGUUGCGAUCUAUCCAUUGCAGUAACUGGGAAGCUGCUGAAUGUAUUAAACAUGAGAAGGACCAAUAUUCAUAUCAUAGUGGCACUUUUACAGAGGAAACAGUGCAUGAUCUUAAAAAAUUCAGAUGGUACAGAUUCAGAGUUUCUGCUAGCACAAAUGCAGGUUAUGGCAGCCCUUCAUCUUGGAUUUCUACACAAACUCUACCUGGCUCUCCAGAUGCUCCUCCAGAAAAUGUGUCUGUAAUAGUUACAUCUCCUUACAGUAUGAAUAUUAGCUGGAGUGAACCUGCCAUCAUUACUGGACCAACAUUCUAUCUCAUUGACAUUACUUCGGUUGAUACUGAUGAAUAUAAAGGUUCGUUUGUCAAAACAGACGAUGAAAGCAAAAUCCUUGAGGUUUCAAGUUUAAAAGCAUUUACACGAUAUUCGGUAGUGGUCACUGCUUUUACAGGAGAUAUACAUGCUGCUCACACAGAAGGCAAGUCAAGCCCUUCAGUCAUUGUUUCCACUUUUGAAGCAGUGCCCAAAGACCCACUUAACAACAUAACAUUUCAGAAGAUACCUGAUGAAGUGACAAAGUUCCAGGUGACAUUUAUGCCACCAUCUGAAUCCAAUGGGAAUAUUCAAGCAUAUCAAGCAAUGGUCUACAAAGAUGAUGAUCCUAAUGUCAUCCAGAUCUAUAACUUAAGUGUUAUAGAUAGAACAAACAUGUCAGUCACUGCCAUGCUAGAGGGACUAAAAGGAGGACGUACAUACAAUAUCAGUGUGUAUGCAAUCAAUGGAGCUGGUGCAGGACCAAAAAUCCAACUGAAAAUAACUACAGACAUUAAAGAACCACCAAGGCCCAGCAAGAAGCCUAUGCCAGUUUCUGAUACCAGUGGAACGCUGCUUGUCACUGCUACAACAAUUACUAUUCGCAUGCCCAUUUGUUACUAUAGUGAUGAUCAUGGACCUAUCAAGAAAAUACAGGUUCUUGUUGCAGAAUUAGGAGUUCAGAAUGAUAGCAAUGUAACCAAGUGGUAUGAUGCCUACUUCAAAAAACCAAAACCAUAUUUUGCAAAUUAUGGCUUUCCAAAUCCUCCAUGUAUAACAGGAAAUGAGGGCCUGAGCAGCAAUGAUGACGUGUAUGUAAUAGGGGCUGACAGUACAUGUAUGAUACCAGGCAGUGAAGAAAAAAUUUGUAAUGGCCCACUGAAACCCAAAAAACAAUACUUAUUUAAGUUCAGAGCCACAAAUGUCAAAGGCCAAUAUACAGAUUCAGACUACUCUGACCCCAUCAAAACUUUAGGUGAUGGACUAUCUGAAAGAGCUGUAGAAAUAAUACUUGCAGUUACUUUGUGCAUACUCUCUGUGAUUCUUCUUGUGGCAGCGAUCUAUGCCUUUGCACGAAUUCGACAAAAGCAAAAAGAAGGAGGCACGUACUCUCCACGGGAUGCUGAAAUUAUUGACACUAAAUUUAAACUUGAUCAAUUGAUCACAGUGGCAGACCUGGAAAUGAAGGAUGAGAGGUUUACACGGUUACUUAGUUAUAGAAAAUCCAUCAAGCCAAUAAGCAAGAAAUGUUUUCUACAACAUGUUGAAGAGCUUUGUUCAAACAACAACCUAAAGUUUCAAGAAGAAUUUUCGGAACUUCCCAAGUUUCUUCCAGACCUCGCUGCAACAGAUGCUGACCUGCCUUGGAACAGGUCUAAAAAUCGGUUUCCAAACAUCAAGCCAUAUAACAACAACAGAGUGAAGCUAAUGCCUGAUGCUAGUAUACCUGGUUCUGAUUAUAUUAAUGCCAGCUAUGUGUCUGGCUAUUUAUGUCCAAAUGAAUUUAUUGCUACUCAGGGGCCAUUACCAGGCACAGUGGGAGAUUUCUGGAGAAUGAUAUGGGAAACUAGAGCAAAAACCCUUGUGAUGCUUACACAGUGUUUUGAGAAAGGACGGAUAAGAUGUCAUCAAUAUUGGCCUGAAGACAACAUACCAGUAACUGUUUUUGGAGAUAUAGUGAUUACCAAAUUAGUGGAAGACCAUCAAACAGAUUGGACCAUCAGGGAUCUAAAAGUUGAAAGGCAUGGGGAUUGUAUGAUGGUACGCCAGUGUAACUUUACUGUGUGGCCUGAACAUGGAGUACCAGAAACAACUGCAUCAUUAAUCCGUUUUGUAAAGCUGAUCCGUGCUAGCCGAGCACAUGACAGUACACCCAUAGUUGUUCAUUGCAGUGCUGGAGUUGGAAGAACCGGAGUUUACAUUGCCCUUGAUCAUUUAACACAGCAUAUAAAUGACCAUGACUUUGUGGACAUAUAUGGACUUGUAGCUGAGCUGAGAACAGAAAGGAUGUGUACGGUACAGAAUCUGGCACAGUAUAUAUUUUUGCACCAGUGUGUUUUGGAUUUGUUGACAGUUAAGAGGAGCAGCCAGCCAGUAUGUUUUGUAAAUUAUUCAGUACUGCAAAAGAUGGACUCUUUGGAUGCCAUGGAAGGUGAUGUGGAACUUGAGUGGGAAGAAACUACAAUGUAACUACUACAAGGAUAAAACUUGUUACAUUUCCAGAAACAAAUGGUACUUUUUAACAUCAGGGGCCAAAACA